GCAUUUGAGCCACCUUUGCAAACACCACAAAUGGAUUUCCUAUUGAAAGCGAUAUUGGUUUUCCUCUUUUUUUUGUACCUCCACUGCACCAAUGGACAUGUGUAUGGCCGCCACGAAAGAGUCAGAAGGGACUUAAACAUGACAGAGGAGGAACAGGGAUUUCGUGGAGUACUAUCUAUGAUUUUGAAGCCGCUUGCUUCUUUUGCUGAUAAGGUAAAGGAUAGUCCCCUGGUUUUACACUACCGCAAACACUUUAAUUGAUAUAUUGUUCUCCCUUUAAAACAAGUGAUUCAAAAUGUGUUUUAACCUAUUUUAUUAAAUAGUUUAAACCAUA